GGAGCGGAGCGGCGCGGGUGAGCGGGUCGGGCGGGCAGCGCUAUGGCGCCCUCCUUCCGGCCCGGCAAGGGCCGCCCGCCGCGGGGGGACGGGGACUGCGCGGAGCCCGGGGCCGACAGGAAGACGAGGAAGCCGCUGGUGGAGAAGAAGCGCCGGGCGCGGAUCAACGAGAGCCUGCAGGAGCUGCGGCUGCUGCUGGCCGACAGCGAGUUCCAGGCGAAGCUGGAGAACGCGGAGGUGCUGGAGCUGACGGUGCGGCGGGUGCAGGCCGUGCUGGAGCGCCGCGCCCUGGGUGAGUGGCGGCGGGGCGGCGGGGGGCCGGCCCGGGCCGCGCCUCACCCCGCUCCCCCUCUCUCUGUCUCCCGCGGCGCAGAGGGCGGGCGGCUGCACCGCGAAGCCAGCGAGCGCUUCGCCGCCGGCUACAUCCAGUGCAUGCACGAGGUGCACACCUUCGUCUCCAGCUGCCCCGGCAUCGACGCCACCACGGCGGCCGAGCUGCUCAACCACCUGCUGGAGUCCAUGCCCCUCAACGAGGGCGGCUUCCCGGACUUGGUCGCGGACGUUCUGGCGGAUCCCGCCCUCGGCCCCUGGCCCGGCGGCCAGGCGCUGGCCCCGGCGGCCGCCGCCUCCCCGGGGCUGGCUCCCCCCGCCUCGGCGCCCUCCCCCUGCCCCAGCGACGAGACCUGCUCCGACUCGGAGGAGGCGGAGGCCGAGCCGGGCCAGACCCCCACCGACGGACUGGACGCUUCGCGGAGGCGCAGCCUGCCCUCCCCCGGCUCGCCCAAAUCCAUGUGGAGACCCUGGUAACGGAGGGGGCGCGCAGCCCCGCCCCGGGGGCGGAGGAGCCGGGCCCCCCCGGCCCAGCGCGCCUGGCAGCGCUGGCCCCGGCCCCGGCCCCGGCGGGCUCCUUGCGAAGCGCGGUAACAUUUCAUCCGUGUGCGUGGGGGGGUGUGUGGGGGUGUGUGCGUGCGUGGCAUUUUUGUAACUUUAGGGGUGGGGGGUGGGGGUGUUUCUAGGAGAGGUCGGGGGGCGGCGGGAGGGAGGCGGUUUGUAGUAGCAAAGCUCUUCGGUGGACACAGCCGUUAUUUUAUAGCCCUGUCGCUUUCUCUCGGCCCUUAUAAGUGGCCCGACUAUCACUACCUUUUUCUUUUAAGAAAAAGCCCUCGUGCAUUUCCGAAUCGUGGUGGUUAACUCCGUGAGAAGCUCAAGUUAAGUCUGCAUGCGCAGUUUUCAGUGUUGUAGUGGUAGCGAAGAUCCCUGAAAGGGGUUGGUGUGGUUAGCAUCUGUACGUGGUAGCAGUCUAGAAUCUCACCUUCAGUGAAGGAAGAGAAAACUAGAAACAUAGUGGAAUUAGACAAAGGUUUGAAAGGUAGUGGUGGCAGGGUGCCUUUUAGAAACGAGUGUUUUAUGCACAUUUUGCUUUUAGCACAUUUGAGUUUCUUAUGACUUUAUGUAUAUUAGGGUGUCAAAUGUUUUUUAUUUUUAAACUUUAAUAAAAAAAUACUGAAUUCACACCUGAUUGCAUGUAUUGUGGAGUGUGAUACACUUCUAACUGGUUAAAAAUACGGUUCCUGAUUGUUAAGUGUUAACAAAAGUGUGGAUAUAUUGUAGAAACAAGGCUGAUAAGCACUUAAUUUUUGUACUAAGCAGUGUUAGCUCAAGUAUUGGAAUUCAAAUUUUCUUUUGUUUAGUACUACUAGAAGACACUUAAGUUAUUACAGGGUCAUACUACUGUAAGGUUGAUCUUGGGCCACAGAUUUCUGGGCUACUCCUAUCUGGAUGCCAGUCUCAAACCUACUCUACUUGAUCUGCCACCCGAAGGUAUUGCUCAUCCAUCUACACUCCUGACUUCAGAAGUGCUGGGGCAGUCUGCUUGUGGGCCAUGACUUCACAGGGGGCUGGGGUUCAGUGGUUUGUUUUUGUUUUGGUUGUUUGGAAUUAUUUUUUUUUCCAUUCUUGAGUGCAAAGUUUAAUAGUGUGUGCAAUGGAUUUGGAAAGUACUCUUUAAAAUUAAAAAAAUGUUUCUAGUGGGCUGGAGCGGGGAAGCCCUGAUGUUCUCGUACAUGAGAUUUAACACUAGUGGGAGAUGCCAGGUUAUUUAUGCUGUGAUAAUAGCUUUCAGAGAGCUGUCAUUGUAAAAAGAGAAAACAAAAAAGGAUCAUGAAGUUUCUUAAUGCAUGGAAGUUCCCAAACAUAGAACAAGCAACCUGACUGCCAAGAAACUAGACAUGUAACUUCCUUUUGUUAACAACCCUAUGGAAUAAUAAAAAUGGAAACUAAGAUACUGGUAA